GGCCCCGCCGCUCGCGCCGUCCGCGGAGGAAGAGCGCCCAGGAUGGCCUCAGAAGGCGAGAGCAUCAACCUCCAAGGCUUGAAUCCCCAUCUCAGGAUUAAUGGUCCGAUGAACAUCAACCACUAUGCAACGAAGAAGAGCGUGGCAGAGAGCAUGCUGGAUGUGGCGCUCUUCAUGGCCAAUGUCACUCAGCUCAAAGCAGUGCUGGAGCAGGGGACCUCCUUUCAGUACUACAUCACCCUGAUCGUGCUCAUCAGCAUCUCUCUCUUCUUCCAGGUGCUCAUUGGGAUUCUCCUCAUCAUCACUGCUCGUUUGAACCUGAAUGAUGUCGCAAAGCAACCCCGCCUGGAUGUCCUCAACAAUGCUGCCACAGCUCUCAUCUUCAUCACAGUCAUCCUCAACAUCUUCAUCACAGCCUUUGGAGUGCAGAAAACUGGCCUUUACCCCACCAGGAAUUAUAGGGGACCUUAUUGAGUGUUGGGACAAUGGAGUCAGGGUGGUGGCAGUGCAACUGAUACAGGAAAGCUCUCCUCUGUGUUUUUACUGACCUCAGCAGGAUCUAGUCUUCAUAAGGAAUCCAGAGAAGUGGCUUAAAUUUUCAAAAUUGUGUUUUGUUAUAUACAGCCUCUUUUGUGCUUCUGCAGGGGGUAAAAACUUAUGUUGCUUUUCAAAGGUAGAGCCAACUUGCAGUGAUUUCUAGUGAGAGCUGUAGGAAAAGCAGCAGGUACGGAAUUUCAAAGCACAGUUCUGUAAAUCUUUUUUCUUGUUUUAGUUGUCUGCUUCUCAUAUGGAAAACUGCCUUAUUUUGUAGAGAAACUCAAUUUAUUUGAUAGGCUAAGUAAACAAAAAAGUCCAGCUUUUCUGUCUCAGGCAUAAUUUGCUAUAUUUAAAGCUAUGCUAUCUAAUACUUUAUAUCCCUAAUGUAAGAGUGGAUUUUUUCAAACUAAAAAGAAGUUCUCAUGGGAGGAUAAAACAGUGUGUGUAAGUCAACACAGCUAAAAGGAGUUCAAAUGUUUUCCUAGCUGUUUAAAAAUAAAAUUAAAUGGGAAACACUUAAGAAAACAAUCAUAUAUUUCUUUCAUUGGAAAAUGAACUAUGACAGAAAAUAGAUAUUAUGUCCUGAUGCCAUCAGAGUUAUGUGAGUAAUACUGAGUAGUCUGAUAAUAUUUGGGGUUAAAAUAGAGAAACUCAUUUUACGUAGUCAGACAUCUUAGGCUAAUUGCCACACUGAGAAACAGCAGAUGCAUAAUGUAUCACUUAAAAAAUCAACAUUU